GUAAAUAAUACACAUAGCUUAAAUCGGCAGUAAAUUGUCUAAUAUAUUGAGUGUUGCAAAUAAACUAAAAUCUAAAAGUGUUAAUAACAAAGUGUUACAAACAGCUGAUUACAAUUUUGUAAACGUAAAUAUGUACAUAUAAAUAUUGAGCACGCUUAUGACUUACUUUACUAAAACAAAAUAUUGAUUAAGCGCAAGCCAUAUUUUGAAGGAUAUAUUAUAUUUUGGUAAAUGUGAGAAUUAUUCAAAAAUUAUGUCAAUCUAAAACAUAACACAAGAAAAACCAUGUCAACUGAGUUUAGCACGCGUAAUACGUUUCGAAAAACGGGCGUAAGUGGUUUAAACAACAAUGCUCGUAAUGUUAUUACUUCUGCAAAUCCAUCUGGGGGGAGCAGCGCAUCACUUCUGCAAAAACAGCUGUCAUUUAAAACCCCUAUUUGUUCCAACCAAUUUGGUAAAGCUGAUGAGGUUGAAAUUAUCGACAACUCUAAUUUAGACAACAUUGCAGGACGAUAUAACAAGAAUAAUAUCAUUGGCUGGAUAUGCUGCGCUCCUUGUAUAUGGCUGCGCACCUCAGCUGCAGUUCAUAAAGUGGCUAUAACGUCCGCAACUUUAUUGGUAACAACAUUACUGGUUGCUUCACCAAUAUUAUUUUUAAUCAGUACAGCACCCUCGCCACUUCCCAAAGAUUGUUAUAUGGAGGGCGAUGGCUGUUCGCCUACAAUUUCAUCUCCUUCGGAAUGUACAGAAGCAAUUUGUGCAACAGUGGCUUCCAACAUUCAAGCAAGACUCAAUUGGAAUAAAGAUCCUUGUUCUGAAUUUAAGAAGUUUAGUUGUUGGCGCAAAACGUUUAAUAACAAUAUAACUAAUUUUAUUGAAAUGGGCAAUUCACAAAAGUCAGUGGAUAUGCAAAUACAGUUUCUUUUGCAGAGUUCGACAUUAAGUGGAAAUUAUAAGAAGCUACAACGUUUAUAUGAAAGCUGCUUAAAGCUGACAACAAAUUCAAGUGCUAUACACCGUGUAGUUGCUUAUUUAGGAGGGUACCUAACAAUUGGAGUUUUAGGUCCUUCGUCAAUCGCUCCGCUUGUUGCCAAAAUCUAUGACCUUGGUCCAAGUCCACUAGUUGAUAUAUAUUAUGAUCUUAGUUAUGGAAGAAGACCGCAUGUGCUUCUUAUCAUAAGUGGACCAAGCACAUCAUCUGUUAUAUUAGAGAAUAAAAUUCGCUGGAUGAGCCCUAAAGCACCCCCAAAUCGGUUACGGCAAGGGAUACCAAAGCUAUUGCCAGAUAUAAUCGAUCAUGUUCUACCAAGUUACUUAUCAUAUGCUCAACGAAUAUCUGAGAAAGAAACAAUUUUAGAAUUUAUAAAGGAUCUCAACAAGCUUCAAGUUGAACAGUCACGCCGAGGUUUUUGGGAAAGCUCUGUUUUAUAUAAUGUUUCAAGUUUGCAGGCCAUGUAUCCAGUUGUAAGUAACCGUUUCAACAAAUUCUUUUUUAAAAUAAGUAUAUAA